CGUGCACACAGCAACUGUGUCACGAGCAACUCCUCGGCUUUUUCCGCCCCAGCGUGUGAUAAAAGUAAUACUCGAGUGAUAAUCAUAACUUACUAGAAAUGGCCACCAGUGUGAAAUGGAGGUUGAAACGUUAUGGGCGCUUUAUUCCAGGCACGGGUGAGACCACUAAAAGGGAACCCUGGAAGACAUUUGAAGCGAAGGAAAAUGAACCAGAAAUUAUUGUCACAAUCGUGGACUACGGAUACUUGAUGGUCUUGCAGGGACAGGAAUGCUUGGAGACAAUUCCUUUGCAUGGUGCCAGCGAUUUUCUCAAAGUCCAUCAGAAAUCAGACACCCUGAUGAUUCGGCAUACAAUAAAGGGAGCGAGCCGCCUGAUCAGGAUGCAGUUUGAUGGAAGUAACAAGGCGCAGGCCAUCAAAGAGUGCUCGAGUGCCGCAGAAAGUCUCAGAGAGCAUGUGCCCGUCGGCACUCAAGACGACGCCCUGCUGCCAAAUAAUCAGCCCCCCGUGGACGACCCUGCGCCAGUGACACAGGGUGAGGCCGCUGGAGGCGAACCUCAGGUUGUUCGUGAAGGAUCGCUGUCAGUUCAGCGUCUUACGCAGAACCUCUUGGGAGAGAUCCCUCUGACGAUGCCUCAACUCUACCGUCAAGGCUCCUGGGAACAUGGCGACCUGGAGGCCCUGCUGCGUGUUUGUCUGCUGGACCCCAGCUUCCAUGCUUUGGUGGAGCAGGUCGAGGGCGAGCUGAGGAAAAUACUUCAAGAGUGAAUCAUCUCGACAACUGAAGGCAGAGAGAGGUCAAGUCAGCGCUGUUCUUUUGUGUUUGUUUUUCCACGCUGUUUGCUACGUAGGAGUUAACUUGACGCACUGCCAACGUUGACUGGAUCGCGGUCGUGCGGUAGAGCUUUGGACAUUUCAAAUGGUGUUAAAUCCACACGACUUUAACCCCCCCCCCAAAAAAAAACAGUUAAUUUUUUUCAAAUUUUUAUUCAGAAAAAAAAAUAUUGGUCUUACUCAUAUGUUUGAUCGUGGCUAUAUACUCUGGUCCCUCUGCUCCCACGUUAAUGCAGAUCCAUUCCCACCGCAACACACAUCAGUACAUUGUAUUGAAAGUAGGAGUCAUGCAGCUACAGCAGUUAAUUUUGCUAUGCCAGCUUCCAAGGGAUCCCACAAUAUUAAAGCUUGACUGAUUAAAACAAACUGCCUUCCAUUUAUCUAUUCAAGAAUACAUUUUGCAUAGGAUUAUAGCCAUGCUAUAUAGUCGAAGAAAAUAAAAAAUAAAAAUCAAUCAAUUAAAUUAGGAAAUAUUAAAAAAAA